AGUGACAUUCCUGUGGCAGGGUCACAUGAUGCAUGCUGUUCCUCUGCCCGGUCCUCCCCGCACUGCUCAGCAGACAGUAGUGUCCUGUGCAUGUGGGGUGCGGGCUCAGCCCUGUGUAAGACAUUUCUAACUGGUGAGUUAGUACUUUGCCAAAAUGUCCAAGAAGUUGCUGCUUGUAGAUGUGGACUGUGGGGUAGAUGAUGCUCAGGCACUUAUGUUGGCCUUGGCAGCUCCACAUGUUGAGAUCCUGGGGAUAACUUGCUGCCAUGGGAACACUACAUUAGAAAAUGUCUGCAAGAAUGUCCUGCGUGUGUUACAAACCUGCGACAGACUCCAGAUCCCUGUAUAUGGUGGAGCGAGUAGAGCAAUAUUGGGAGAUUCUAUAAAUGCAAGCCAUUACCAUGGAGUUGAUGGUUUGGGUGAUGUACACGAUCCUACCUCCCCUAGUCUUGACUUACUACAAAAAGAACAUGCAGUUCUUGCAAUGCUGAGGAUAAUCAAUGAAUAUCCUGGACAGGUUUCCCUUGUAGCAACUGGUCCCUUGACUAACCUCGCUUUAGCUUUAAACAUGGAUCCCAUCUUUCCACAGAAAAUUAAAAACCUUUUCAUUAUGGGAGGUAAUAUGGAAUCUCGGGGAAAUACCACAGUUUGUGGGGAAUUUAACUUUGCAUGUGACCCUGAAGCUGCUUACAUUGUCCUGAAUGGCUUUGAUUGUCCAACCCAUAUCGCCACCUGGGAAUUCACUUGCCGACAUGAGCUUCCUUGGACAUUUUACCGUGAAUGGCUCUCCCAGAAUACCAAAAAAGCAGAGUUUAUGAAAAAGAUCACCGCGCACUCUGAACAGUACGCCGAAAUCUGUUCUGACAACUCCAAUGAAAUAUGGACCAAAGGAUUUGUGUCCUGCGACUCCUAUGCCAUGGCUGCAGCCAUAGAUGAUAACUUUGUCACCAAUGUAAUUCACUGUGUGGUAGGUGUAGAGCUUAGUGGCACCAUGACCCGAGGAAUGAUGGUUCUGGAUACACUGGGAAAGCUGCAAAGGAAACAAAAAGCAUUUGUCAUGACCAAAUGUGACACCGAAAAGUUGAAAUACCUGCUGAUGAAAGCAUUGCAGUAAUGUACCCCUUUGUAAUAAGGUGCAAUAACGUGAACGUUGUCAACUCUCAACUCAUGCACAUUGAGCAGUACCCAGCUACUUACCAUGAUGUGUGCCUGUAGUGAGAGCAGCCUAAAGUUAAACCAGCAUUAAUGUUUGGAAUACUCACUAUUACUCUGCAAAGUGUAGUAACUGUGACUGAGAAACUACUGUACAUCAUGAAAUAGCUGAUUAUUGGUGUCCUUGGGACUGAGCUCAAGGAACAACUGAAAUUACUGGUGCAUUCAACAUUGUUUAGUGGAAGUAAUUAUAAAGGCAUUUUGAGUAGACUUACAAUAA